CUUACGCCGCGUUGGGAGGUUGUUAGUGAACAUUUAAUCCGGUUUCAUUGAACUAGGAGCAAGCUGCAGCUAUGCCUGCGAUCUCUGCAGCCGUCCUAGCUACAAGGAAGAAGUCUUUUGCCAGUAUUCAUGAUGCAGUGAAAGCCGGUGAUGUGAAGGAGCUCGAGCUGAUGGUAAAAAAUGGAGCCAGCAUUAAUGAAGUUGAUCCCAUUCACAAAUUCACUCCAUUGCAAUGGGCGGUGCACUCAGACAGCUUAGAGUGUCUGCACUGGUUGCUUUGGCAUGGUGCUGAUCUGACAGAUGUAACUUCCAGGGGCUGGACAGCAGCACAUAUCGCAGCCAUCAGGGGUCACGAUGCCUGUAUGCAGGCCCUGGUAACAAAUGGUGUCAAUUUAACAGCAAAGGAUGAUAGAGGCUGUACUCCACUGCAUUUGGCUGCUGCCCAUGGACAUUCCUACACACUUCAGACUAUUCUUCGCAGUGGGGUGGACACAAAUUCAACAGACAAAACUGGUUGGAGGAGUGUCCAUUAUGCAGCUUUUCAUGGCAGGCUGGGCUGCUUGCAGCUUCUCGUCAGAUGGGGAGCGGAUGUGAGUGAGGUGGACCGUGAUGGCAAUUUACCAGUUCAUCUUGCAGCCAUGGAAGGACACUUGCAUUGCUUUAAGUUUCUUGUCUGCCAUGGAGACAGCAUGACCGAGAUACUGGGGGCUAGGAAUGAUCAAGGUGAAACCCCAAAGGAUCUUGCAAAGAGAUUCUACAAGGACAACAUAGUGCAGUACAUUUUAGCUGUGGAACGUGAACGGGAUCAUCCAGUUGAUCAAGAAAAUCUCGCAUUUCCAGCUCAUGUAAGUGCAUUCAAAGGAGAUCAUGAGACUCUGAGACAGCUAGUUGAAUCUGGAGUAAUUAACAUCAAUGAAAGAGAUGAUAAGGGUUCCACCCCCAUGCAUAAAGCUGCUGGGCAAGGACACAUUGGUUGCCUGCAAUGGCUUAUAGAAAUGGGAGCAGACCAUCACAUCAGAAAUGAUGCUGGAGAGACACCAAAGGAUGUGGCUAAGAGAUUUUCCCAGUUGGCAGCAGUUAAUCUUCUGGGUGGAGGCAUAGAUGAUGAUUCUGAUGAAGAACUGAGUAAAGACAAUCUCAACGUCUUUCACCAACAUGUUAUAGAAUCAAGUACAGAUAAUCAGGAUAACAUUAACCUGAGUGGGGCUCAGAAGAAGGAAGCAAGGAUGAGGGCCUAUGAAAAGAUUGAAAAAUUUGAACGGUUAUUAGAAAUUGCAAAAAGCAACUACAGACAACUUGGAGGCAUGCAGGAGGAAGAUCACCUCCGGCAGAAGGAAGAGAAAGAAGCAGAAAGAGUGUUGCAGGAGUUGCAGGCUCAACUGGAGUAUGAACGUCUUCGCCGGGAGAAGCUGGAGUGCCAGCUGGAUGAUUGUCGAGCCGAGAUAGGCCACCUAAAUCAGUGUCUGGAAAAACUGAAGACAUCUGAUGGCUCUGUGGUAGAAACUUUGGAAGAGCCUGUUAAAGGGAAAAGAAAAGGAAAAAAGAAACAGGUGACCAAUUCUGGAGGUGUGUUUGUGCGACGUGUUCCUUUGACAGGAACAGUGCCAAACCCAGACCACUCUGAUACUCCAGAACCCUUUGCCAUAGGCACGUUUAAAUCUGUAAUCAAAUCUAGACCAUAAACUUACCUGCACAUAUAUUGUUCUCAUAUUGUCUCUAAUUAUAGAAAAACUGACUGCUGUCAUUGUACUAUUUCAUAAUGUGGGUGAAAAUUUUGGAAAUAAUUCUAUUGCUGGUUGAAAAUAUUCUUUUCCUGAUUUUUUUUUUCUUAUGUAUAUCUUUGGUAUUUGUUCCACUUUUAAAUCAACAAUUUUACACUGAUUGAUUAGACAGUUUGACUCAAAUGUUUUGUUCAGUCAGACUCACUUGAGAGCUCCUUAUAAAAAUGGGGUUUGGGGCUUGAUUCUGGGAUUUCCAUCCAGUUUUCCUGAAAUGUUAGUUGCUGCAGGUUAAGGUAUAGGUAGCUCUCCCACCCUUGCAGGUUCCUUUGGGGAAUAAACAGUUUAAAUAUUUCUGCAUUUUGUUGUGCAAGUAUUCGUGAUUCAUGGCACCUCAGGAGUCAUUCAUCGUGAGGAAUCCCCUGUCCUGUGUGAGAAGCCAAAAAUAAUUAUCCAGUUGCUCCUGUAAUUCUGUUGUUGUUAGGCGGUAAAAUGCAUAAAAUAAAUUGUUCAGUUUCAAUAGUUAGAUACUAUAUGCAAGAUAGGUAAAAACAAGGACUGCAGAUGCUGGAAACUAGAUUUUGGAUUAGAGUGGUGCUGGCAGUUCAGGCAGCA